CACGGCCUCUCCAGUCUCCACUCCACUCCGUACAUUCGUACCGUCCGCCAUUAGCGAGGGGAUAACGUCCAUCCCAUCCUCUCGCGCGGCUGCUGGACGAUGGCUUCUUCUUCUUCUUCCCUUGGCGCCAUCCUCCAGCGCUUCCCCCUUCUAGCGCCUCGCCCCACCGCCCGCCGCGCUCCGACCAGCCGCCGCGCCGUCGCCAACAAGAUCUCCUGCAUCGGAUGGGACCCGGAGGGCAUCCUGGCGGCGCCGCAGCCCGGCCACAUCGCGCGCCUCGAGUUCCGCCGCCGCCUCGAGAGCGACUCCGACGCGCGCGAGGCCUUCGACCGCCAGGUCAAGGAGGAGCAGGAGCGCCGCCGCAAGGAGCGAGAGGCGCGGGUGAUACCUGACACCGAGGCCGGCCUCGUGGAGUUCUUCCUCGACACGGACGCUCGGGAGAUCGAGAUUGAGAUCGGCAGGCUGCGGCCCAGGCUGAACAAGGGCUUCUUCGACUACAUCCAGCGGGAAAUCGCGACUAUAAAAUUCGCAGUCACAAGAACAGCGGAGAUGGAAGACAGACUGAUUGAGUUAGAAGCAAUGCAGAAGGUUAUCGGGGAGGGAGUCGAGGCAUAUGACAAGUUGCAAAACGACCUCGUGACGGCGAAAGAGCGGCUCACCAAGAUACUGCAAUCUAGGGAUAGGAAAACAACACUGCUGGAAAUGGUCGAGCGGAAUGAGCUCAACAUGUCCAUAUUAACACUCCUUGAUGAGAACAUAGCGAGCGCAAAGACGAGCAAUCAGGAGGAAGCUGUGGCUUUCAUGGAGGGUGUGCGCUCAUCUAUGUUGAAAUACAUAACAGUAUAAAUUUUUGCCUACAUAUGCUGGUGAGCGUUCAUCUCCGAUAUUGUACCUUUGGCACAUAGCUGUUAAAACUUCAAAUUACCACAUGAAGCUAUCGUUUACAAGGGCAUCUUGGGGACUGUAAUUUUGUUUUAUUGUAUUUAGUUGAUAUACCCGUGUUACCAGCAAAUACAGCAUGACUAUGAUCCGUUCUCCUGGUUGGAUAGCUGAUUUACCACUGGUGCCGUGUGUAUACUCUGAAUCUUUUUCAAAAUAAGUAUUGAUCUUUCCUCUCUUAA